AUGUAUCGGUCGUAUCGUCGGCUCUGUGCGGUGAUGAGGGUGGCUGGCCCUUCCGAAGCGGGUCAGCAGAUGGAGAUUCGGCGGCUCCUCAAUACGUGGGGGAAAGCGGAUCUUGUGGAGAAUGUCGAGGCCCUGUGGAGGGACCAGGCCCUGAACGAUCGGAAUAAGGUCCAUGCUGUGUACCGCCUGGUGUCGGUCAACUGUGAAGAUUCCUCUAAGCUUCUGGAGAGGAUUCUGGAUGAGGUUGUAGUAGAGGUCGAGGGCGGUCACUUUUCUCAUCCGCAGUCUGUGGCCCGGCUCUGCUACUGCUGGGCGAAGGCUCGUCCCUCUACACCGCUGCCUGAGUGCCUCUCGGCUGUCCUCUGUGACGACAAGCAGGGAGACCGUGGCCGGCGAAUAGGACGGCUCAACUCCGGAACGCUAGCGGGCCUACUGUGGGCCUAUGCCAAGACCCCUGGGACGGCUGGGCACGAAAGUAUCUUCUCCGUGGCUUCAGAGCAUCUUGCUACUAACCUGACCUCCCUGGGUGGUACGCCAAUACGGGAGGCAUGUAUUAUGCUGUGGUCAUUCGGGGCCUUCUGGAAGCAUCGCCGUCCAGAGCCUCUGCCCUUCGAACUCCUACUUGCCUUAGCUGGUAGAAUCCUGUCGGACCCAUCAGCCCAACCGCGGGAGAUGGCCACCGCGCUGUGGGCAGUGGCAACCCUGGAGCUCUGGAGAGGUGACCAGGACCGAGCAGUAGUGCUGAUGUUACGACAGGCUAUAGAGGCAAUGCUUCCCGAGUGGCCAUAUGAGUUCCCUACGAGGGAGUUCAGCAACGUACUAUGGGCGGUCACCAGGACAGAAAACCUGGUGAACUCGAUGGAGGUACGGCAGCUGAUGGAAUCGGCGUGUCGGCUCAUCGUGGAGCAAGAGGGAGGGAGACCAUAUAAAGUGGAAGAGCUCGCGAUGGUCGCUACUGCUCUGUCGGGCUAUAUAGGGAAAGUGGAGAAAGAAGACCGGCACGCCACUGAGGCGCUGGUCACAGUCAUGAACUCAGUCGCUUCCGUCGGCUCAGUGGACGGCAACCUAGCGACAUUCGCUCAAGCCAUGCUGCCCGUGGCGGACCGAGUCGAUCAGGCUGCUAAGGCCAAGCUGCUGGUCACGGCAGAGGAAGCCUUGAAGGCAUCUAGGUUGGACACUACGGCUCUGAUCUCCGUGAUUGACCUUUUCGGGGAGGAAUCUCCGUCUGCGGCCCUCGAGGCGGCCUGGAAGGAAGCCAUAGGACUAGUUCUACGGCACAUCAGGGAAGGCCGGCCGGUCGAGAUCCGAUCACUGGGCAGUGCAGGAGCGCGGAAGGUGUGUAAACAGCUGGGGGUCCUGGGGGCUCCUGGCGACCUUCCAGGAAAUCUUCAGGCUAAACUCGUUGGCCAUCGCUUCGCCUCAGUCGUGGAGUACGUCAUUACACCGGAGGACGGCGAUGGGGAGUCUGUCUCUGGCCCGCCCACGGUCUUCCUCCCAGUGCCUCAGAAUACCUCUUCUGUCACAGUGCUGACGCCCUACCAUCACGGCUGGGUCCGCAACACGGAGCCAGACUUCAGAGCUCUAGAGGAGGUGGCGCGAGUAUUGGAGGCCCAUCGAGACACCCACGACUGCGGCUGGGUCAGACUGGUCCUCAGCCGGGCACCGUGCGUGUCCAGCCUGGCUGCGAUGGCUCAGUUCGUGGAAAGGUACCCCGACGUUGACCUUCGAGUUUGGUUUCACCCUCUUCCAUGGAAGUAG